AUGUAUAAACAUAAAAAUUAUAAUAUAAAACAUUUUAUUUAAAUUUCUGACAAUACCAUUAAGAAUAUUUCAAAUGAAGAUAUUAAUACCAUCUAUUAAAUUACCGAAAAAGAAUUAGGAAAAGGUAGUUUUGGUAUAGUAAAAGAAGCAUAUUUAAAAAUUAACCCAAAUAAGCUUUUCGCCAUAAAAAAAAUAAGUAAAGAUAAAUAAAAAGAAGACCUAUAAUGGUUGUAAAGAGAAAUCGAUAUUUUCAAAUAAUUAGACCAUCCGAAUAUAGCAAAAUUAUAUGAAUCAUAUGAAGAUGAUAAAAAUUUAUAUUUAGUUAUGGAAAUUUGUUCGAAUGAAUAGUUACUAUAAAGAGUAAUAAAUAACGAAAUUAAUCGCCUUUCUGAAUUAUAAUCAAAAGAUAUUCUUUUCUAAAUUUUCCAAGCAGUUAAAUAUUUACAUGAACUAGGUAUAGUACACAGAGAUUUGAAACCUGAGAAUUUCCUAUUUAGUAAAUAUAAUGGAGAAAUAAAAAUGAUUGAUUUCGGACUUUCAAAGCAAUACAAAAAACACAACAAUAUAAACCAAAGUUAAGAUUUAUAAACAAUAGUAGGAACAGCGAAUUAUAUAGCACCAGAAGUAUUGACAGGAGAAUAUGAUAAAAGAUGUGAUAUUUGGAGUUUAGGAAUAAUUGCAUAUGCAAUGUUAUGUGGAGAAUUUCCUUUUUAAGGAAAAAAUGAAAAAGAGACUUUUGAUAAAAUUUGUAAAGGACAAUUUUAAUUUAAACCUACUUUAAAAUUGUCUAAAUAAAUAAAAGAUUUAAUAUGUAAAAUGAUAUGUGUAGACUUAAAAAAAAGAAUAGGUAUUUCAGAAGCUUUAAAUCACCCAUGGUUUUAGUUAUAUAACUAAAACAAUAAUGAUACAAUAAUAGAAAUAAAAUAUAUUAAUUAAAUAUAGAAUUAUCCUAAAAUAUAUAAUAAUAUAUAAAGGCUUUGUAUUCAUUUAUUAUAAAAAAUAUAAGAACAUAAUUAAUAAUAUAUAAAAGUAAUUAUAAAGAUCUUUAGGUUUAUUGAUAGUGAAAAUAUCGGGUUUAUUACUGUAAAUUCUUUCCAUAAAAUAAUAAAAUAAUUGGGAUUUAAUUUAAAUUUUUAAUAGACUUUGUAAUUAAUUUAAGAUUUAAAUAAAUUUAGCUUUGCAAGAAGAAACGGACUUUAAAAUGCUUUUUUGGAAUAUUCUCAAUUUAUUGAAUUUACUUUUGAUUUUUAAAAUCUUUUAGAUUAAAAUAAUUAGAAUUUGCUUUUUUAAUAUUUAGAUUAUGAUAACAAAGGUUAUAUUUAGAAUUAUAAUAUUAUAAAUGUAUUACUUAGAGAAUAAAUUAAUGUUGAAGAAGUUUAAAUGAAUGAAUAUUAUAAUGAAAUCUUUAAAAACAAUAUCAUUUAUAAUUAAUUUGAUAAUAUCUAAAUUAAUAAAGAGUAAUUUGUUUAAUGUUUAACCUAAUAAAAAAACAAUUGA